AAUUGGGAAGGGAGGACAGACAAUUGUUCAGUUGCAAAAAGAAACUGGAGCCACCAUCAAGCUGUCUAAGUCCAAAGAUUUUUACCCAGCUCUAGCAUAAAGUUAAACAACAUCUGCAGAGAUCUGACUGACAAACAUCUCUCUGGGACUCAUCAUUGCAGCCUGCAGCAGGUGCAUUCAGCUUGCAGUCUUUUCCAAAAAGAGGUUAGUUUGUUCUAACAUUUAUCAGUAGACCAGUGGGAGCAAGUGACUAGAGAGAAGAGGUUGGUUGUCACUUGUCCAGUGCUGGAAUACUACAGGUAAUUGGACUGGACUGGUGGGAACCGCAGCAGCGUGUGUCUCACAUUGCACUGCAGCUGCUAUGGGGCUUAAUUAACCUGACCCUCAGAGACUGAAGUGUCAUGGUAUAAAACACAACAUGCAAGAAACGAAGCAGUAUUUUUCAGAUACUUCCUGGUGCUUGACUUGGUGAAAUUUCCAUUUUCUUCGUCUCGUUCUUAAAAAGAUAUGGCAUAGGCUUUUUUCCAUUUUUUUUAUAUGGAAAUAUUUGAAACUAAAAUGAUUUCUAUGAAUCUGAUAGAAUCCACACACAUAAAAAGAUGUUGUAUAGAAAUAGAAAGAAAAUAAUCUUAAGUCAGAACAUAUUCCACAAGUAUGUUUUCAAAUCAUGAACGAGCAGAAAACAAGUGGAAGUACAUUGUAAUUUUUUAAUUAUCAUUAUCGUAGCUUAACAUUUGUUUAUUUUCAAACAUAACCCAUGUAAAAUUAAGUUAUAUCAUUUUAGCAUGUUAGAGGCUUUGGCAAGCAAGCUUUGCUGAGUGCUUUGAAGUGUCUCAACAAACAAGACAGGUAUAGCAUAAAAACUCAAAAAAAAUUAAUCUGUCACUUAUUUCUAUUGUUUGAAAUUUCUUAAUCUGUUUGAAAUACUGACUUACGAUAUGCUUCCAUGACAUAUAUAGAAGUUUCUUACGUUUUCUAAUAGUGUUCCCACUUAUUGUAGGUGUCUAAUCACAGUGCUGUUUAUUAAUUGGCCCUUGAAUGGAAAAUAACUUGCAAGGGCCUGUCAUAGCAUCGUUGACAGGACCAGAUGAAAAAUGAAAUCAGUAUCUUGAGUUUUUUAACAGCAAAAUGAUUCAGGUGCUGACAGCUGCAGAAGAAAUUGUACAUGGUCCUGUACAGAAGGUAUUUCUCCACUGUGCCAUCUGCAGAGUGAAACUGACUAGGAGUACUACAUAGACUGUACUACUGAACGAGUAUGUUUGAUCCAGGGAACAGUUGAAGCACUGAAUGCAGUUCAUGGAUUCAUUGCAGAAAAAAUUCGUGAAAUGCCCCAAAAUGUGGCCAAGACAGAACCAGUCAGCAUUCUACAACCCCAGACCACCGUUAAUCCAGAUCGCAUCAAACAAACAUUGCCAUCUUCCCCAACUACCACCAAGUCCUCUCCAUCUGAUCCCAUGACCACCUCCAGAGCUAAUCAGGUAAAGAUUAUAGUUCCCAACAGCACAGCAGGUCUGAUAAUAGGGAAGGGAGGUGCUACUGUGAAGGCUAUAAUGGAGCAGUCAGGGGCUUGGGUGCAGCUUUCCCAGAAACCUGAUGGGAUCAACUUGCAAGAGAGGGUUGUCACUGUGAGUGGAGAACCUGAACAAAACCGAAAAGCUGUUGAACUUAUCAUCCAGAAGAUACAAGAGGAUCCACAGAGUGGCAGCUGUCUCAAUAUCAGUUAUGCCAAUGUUACAGGUCCAGUGGCAAAUUCCAAUCCAACCGGAUCUCCUUAUGCAAACACUGCUGAAGUGUUACCAACCGCUGCAGCAGCCGCAGGGCUAUUAGGACAUGCUAACCUUGCUGGCGUUGCAGCCUUUCCAGCAGUUUUAUCUGGCUUCACAGGCAAUGACCUGGUGGCCAUCACCUCUGCACUUAAUACUUUAGCCAGCUACGGAUAUAAUCUCAACACAUUAGGUUUAGGUCUCAGUCAAGCGGCAGCAACAGGGGCCUUGGCUGCAGCAGCUGCCAGUGCCAACCCAGCAGCAGCAGCAGCCAAUUUGUUGGCCACCUAUGCCAGUGAAGCCUCAGCCAGUGGCAGCACAGCUGGUGGUACGGCGGGGACAUUUGCAUUAGGUAGCCUGGCUGCUGCUACUGCUGCAACCAAUGGAUAUUUUGGAGCUGCUUCUCCCCUAGCUGCCAGUGCCAUUCUAGGAACAGAAAAAUCCACAGAUGGAUCAAAGGAUGUAGUUGAAAUAGCAGUGCCAGAAAACUUAGUUGGUGCAAUACUUGGCAAAGGAGGGAAAACAUUAGUGGAAUACCAGGAGUUGACUGGUGCAAGGAUACAGAUCUCCAAAAAAGGAGAAUUCGUACCUGGCACAAGGAAUCGGAAGGUAACCAUUACUGGAACACCAGCUGCAACACAGGCUGCUCAGUAUUUAAUUACACAAAGGAUCACAUAUGAGCAAGGAGUUCGGGCUGCCAAUCCUCAGAAAGUGGGUUGAGUGCCCCGAUUGUACAU